GACAGACAGACGGAAGUGAGGUAGACUGAAAUAGCAUGUCUUCCUAUGCAGAAUAAAUACAGUGAUGCUUCCCUCCUGAUACUAACUGUACCGUCAAGCUUGAUAAACGACAACAUUGAAAGGCUGUCAUAAAACAAACGAGAUGAAUUCCUCAAGAAGAAGCGAAAGCGAUUGGCAGGGUUUGGUCAGCGAGUUUCUGGUGUGUAAGCGCAAGUUGGAGAGCAAGAAGGAGGCCCUCCUGAUUCUGUCCAAGGAGCUGGAUACCUGUCAACAGGAGAGAGACCAAUACCAGCUGAUGGCCAACCAGCUCCGAGAACGCCACCAGGGACUCAAGAAGAAGUACAGGGAACUCAUAGAUGGAGACCCCAGUCUACCACCUGAAAAACGAAAUCAAUUGAAUUUGGCCCAGCUGUUGAGAGACUCCAGAGAAAGGAGUAAGCAGCUGUCUGAAGAGGUGAAGGAGCUGAGUCAACGACUGGCUGAGGCCCAGGGGGAUAACAAGCUCCUGCGGAUGACCAUAGCCAGACAGAGGUUGGGGGAUGAAGAGGUGGGGGCAAGGCACUUCCAGGCCUAUGAGCGGGAGGACCUGGUCCAGCAGUUGGAGACGGCACGAGAGCAGAAUGAGGAGCUGGAGCACAGUGUGAAAUCUCUGACAGAUGAGCUGCAGGAUGUGAGGGCGGAGCGUAACGUGUUCCAGGAAAAGGCCCAGCGGCUGAACCACGAGGUGAACCACAUCUUGGGGGGACACGAAUGUCGGAUUCUAGACGUAGAUGCACUCUGCAUGGAGAACAGAUAUUUACACGAGCGGUUCAAACAACUGCAGGAGGAAGUCACCAUGCUCAAAAUGAAUGUCAUGAAGUACAAGAGUGCUCUGGAGAGCAGGAAGAACUCCAAGACUUAUGGCAAAGCUAACAGCAGUGCACUCACUGGGGUGCUCUCUGCCAAACAAGUGCAGGAAUUAUUGCUUUCUGAGGACAACGGAUGCAGUCUCCCUGUCACGUCUCAGUCCAUCUCAGACCUCAAGUCCCUGGCCACAGCCCUACUGGAAACUAUCCAUGAGAAGAACCUGGUCAUUCAGCACCAGCGCCAAACCAACAAGAUUCUGGGAAACCGAGUAGGGGAGCUUGAGAAGAAACUGAAGACUCUAGAGGUGUCGGGAUUAUGGAGCCUCCCAGGCCUGACUUACAAUGUGUCUCUGGGAUUCUCUGGAAGAGGGAGAGAUGCCAUCAUCCUGAAUGAAACUCUGCAGCCUAGCUCCACUGUGACAAGCUCUGAGGAGAAGAAAGUACCAUCCAAUGAUCACGAAGUACCAUCCAAUGAUCACGAAGUACCCCCUACUGAGCACGAAGUACUCCCUACUGAGCACGAAGUACCCCCUACUGAGCACGAAGUACCCCCCAAUGAGCAGGAUGUAACCCCCAAUGAGCAGGAAGUACCUCCCACUGACCACAAAGUACCCCCUACUGAGCAGGAAGUACCUUCCACUGUGCAGUCUACCACAGAGGAUGACAAGGUAGCCAAUGACAUGCAGAUCCCCGUCCCCGUCCCAAGACAUGUGGGGGGGUUACCCAGUGUGACGGGGGAUACAGAAAUAAGCACCAAGGAGUCAGAGCCACUAGUGUCACCAGUCAGCCGCCUGGACACAUCCAAGCAAAACUAGUCAGGCAAAACUGCUGAGGAAGUCACUGACUGUUCUCAAGGAGAGACAAUAAACCUGGAUGAAUGUCACUGUCGACCAAUCACAAAGUGCAAAUGAGGUCACGGUGCUUCCAUGGUACCAAUUAGAUGAGACUGUAGGCGGGACUCCAUCCCCUUCCUCAAGGCCAGACUUGGACGUGUCCUCCUGUAAGACAUAUGCCACAUAUCAGAGCCUCUAAAGGACACAAAACCCACCCAGAGAGAGGUGAGUUGGUCAGAUGACAAUGUCUUUAGGGUGGGGUCUGAGGAUGGCAGAGGGCUUUAUGACAGAAAACACCAAUCUUCCAUCCUCAACAUCAACCUGCAGCUCUCCUAUUCAAACAAGUCCCACCCACGGGGAGAAUAACCAAUCACACCACAAUGCAGAACAUUCAGAAGAUGUGAGGGUCGAGUGCUUAACGAAUAAGGAGUCAGAAAUCCUUCCCUUGAACAGUAGCCACUCAAAUGCUGAAUGAUCAGACCGGGAUGGGAAAACAGUGAAGAAUGACAGCUACUUCAGCCAAAACCAUGCCUAGAUUGACACUGUAAUAGAAUGGGUUUCAAUAUUCCUGAGGGUGCAUUCUGUAAAAUGUCGUACUGCUUAUUGGUGAUUCCAAGCUCCCAAGAUUUCUGAAAGAGAUAUUACUCUGCUACAGUUGCUCUAACGUGGAAUUGAACCCUGCGGCCCUUCUAUUCCGUGGUUGAAGCUAGCCUGGACUGACCAGUACAGAGAACCUACUAGCUCCUCAUAUGUUCUACUGCUUUUUAUUUUGAUGUACACUGCUCAAAAAAAUAAAGGGAACACUAAAAUAACA